AUGCCCCCCAACGCCCCCUCACAAUCCAUCAUCAUCAUCGGCGCCGGCAUCGUCGGCGCAAACCUCGCCGACGAACUCCUCUCGCACGGAUGGAAUCCUUCAAACAUCACAGUCAUCGAGCAAGGCCCGCUCUCGCUGCCAGGCGGCUCAACAUCGCAUGCCCCGGGCCUGGUAUUCCAAACGUCGCCGUCGAAGACAAUGACGCGGUUCGCGCAGUACACGGUGCAGAAACUGCAGGGUCUCAGCCAAGACGGACAGAGCUGCUUUAACCAGCUUGGUGGGCUGGAGGUCGCGACGACGGAGGACCGAAUGCACGAGUUGGAGAGGAAGCUCGGGUAUGCGAAGGCAUGGGGGGUUGAGGCGAGAUUAAUCAGUCCGGAGGAGUGUUUGGCGCUGCACCCGCUCUUGAGCACAGAGGGCGUCGUCCUGGGGGGUUUGCAUAUCCCGUCGGACGGCCUGGCUCUUGCGGCGCGCGCAACAGGCCUCCUGGUUGAGCGGACCAGGGCCGCGGGCGUCACGUACCUCGAGCACACGGCCGUAACGGGCAUCCUGCAAUCGGACGGUCGGGCCACGGGCGUGAGGACGAGCGCCGGCGCGCUCCAUGCAGACAUCGUGGUUUCCUGCGCGGGCUUCUGGGGCGUUGAGAUUGGAGCCAUGGCGGGCGUGGAUAUCCCGCUUCUCCCGCUGGCGCAUCAGUACGCGAAGACCACGCCCAUCGAGCAGCUCGCCAACCGCGACGUGAACGCCUGCAUCAACGCGAUGAAUGCGGAGUAUCCGAUCCUCCGCCACCAGGACCAGGACCUGUAUUACCGCGAGCACGGCGAUAGGAUCGGGAUAGGCUACUACGGACACAAGCCCAUGCCCGUCGUCGCGGGGGAUCUAGGCGCCACGCCGAAGGUCGUAAGCGAGACGAAUAUGCCGAGUCGACUGGAUUUCACGAGUGAAGACUUCGCGCCUGCGUGGAAAGAGACACAGACACUCCUCCCUGCGCUGCGCAGUGCCGAAAUCGACGACGGCUUCAACGGCAUCUUCUCGUUCACGCCGGACGGCGGACCCCUGCUCGGCGAAGCCCCCAAUCUGGACGGGUUCUUCGUCGCCGAGGCCGUCUGGGUCACGCACAGUGCGGGCGUAGCAAGAGCGCUGGCAGAGCUGCUGACGCAGGGCUGGUCGAGCGUCGACGUCUCCGAGUGCGAGCUCUCGCGGUUCGAGACCGUCCAGCUGGGCAGACCCUACGUGCAGGAAACGUCGCAGCAGAACUUCGUCGAGAUCUACGAUAUCAUCCACCCGCUGCAGCCGCGCACCUCGCCGCGGAAUCUGCGUGUGAGCCCGUUUUACGCCCGCCAGGUUGAGCUGGGCGCGUUCUUCCUCGAGGUCGGCGGGUGGGAACGCCCGUUCUGGUAUGAAGCCAACAAGGGCCUCCUCCGCUCGUUACCGGAGAGGUGGCACCCUGUGCAGCGCGAUCCCUGGUCAGCUCGGUUCUCCUCGCCCAUCUCAGCGGUUGAAGCGUGGAAGACGCGGCAUGCCGUCGCGCUGUACGACAUGUCCUCCUUCCACCGGUUUAUUGUCAACGGUCCCGGCGCCGUGCAACUCCUCCAGCACCUCACGACAUCGGAUAUGGAUGUCCGCCCCGGCACAAUCACGUACACGCUCCUCCUGACCCCGAACGCCGGCAUCCGCGCCGACAUCUUCGUCACCCGCCUCAACGCCACGACCUUCCAGAUCGGCGCCAACAGCGCCUCAGACCUCGCGUACCUGUCUCGCGCAGCCCGGCAGCAAUCCAAAUCAUCCUCAGACUGGGUAACCGUCUCCGACAUCACAGGGGGCACCUGCGCCCUGGGUCUCUGGGGCCCGCGCGCCGCAGACGUGCUGUCCACCCUGGGCAUCACAGACGAGAUCGCCAACAAAGCCCUCCCCUACAUGCACGCCAAGCCAGCCACACUGGCAUCAAUCCCCGUCCUGCUCCUCCGAAAGUCCUACGUCGGCGAGUACGGGUGGGAAAUCCAAACGUCCGCCGAGCACGGGGCCCGCCUCUUCGAGUCCGUCCUCGCCGCUGGAAAACACCACGGGAUCAUACCCGCCGGCCGCGCCGCCUUCAACGCGCUCCGCCUUGAGUGCGGAUAUCGCACGUAUGGAAUAGACAUGGGCGCCGAACAUGACCCGUACGAAGCCGGACUGGGGCAUGCGAUUUCCAAGAAUAAGGAAGAAGACUUUAUUGGCAAGGGCGCGCUGCGGACUCGAGCUGCUCGGCCUCUCUCCCGCCGGCUGCGCUGUCUUACGGUCGACGAUGGGAGAUCUGUGCUUAUGGGGAAGGAGCCUGUGUUUCUGGAUGGGAGUGGGAGUGGGAGUGGGAGUGGGAGGGCGGUUGGGUACGUCACCACCGCGGCGUUCGGGUUUACGGUUUCGAGGCCGGUCGUUUGGGCGUGGUUGCCUGCGGCGCUUGGCGAGGGGGUUGGUGUGCAGAUUGGGUAUUUUGGGAGGAGGGUUCAGGCGACGGUUGUGGAGGGGGCUGUUGUUGAUGGCGAGGGGAGAGUCGCUGGACCUGGAACCGGGGGUGGGAGGGAGAGGGAGAGUGGGAGGGGGAAGGAGAGGCCGCUCAAGGCUCUCCUGUGA